GAGCGUUAGUGAUUGAAUGCGAUUGACGAGCGCUAGCCAGCAACAACGACAACGUCCAUCAUCAACAACGUCGACAACAAAGCACAGCACACCGACGCUGCCGGCGCUGCUUCUCUUACCACCCCCAUCACAACCACCACCUUCAUUACCGGGCUGCAGGCCGAGCCUGAACACCCCUGCGGCUGAGGAUACCCCACAAGUAAUCUUCGCCCGUUCAUGCAUUCGCGCAACUGUUUCUUCCUCGCCCGUUCGGUUCUGCGCAACAGCCCACCCAUCAACCUGCGCAAGCCUCUGCGACUAAGCGCGUGGGCUUCGAAGCCCUCACACAAUCUCUCAGAAUGGAUUCCGACGCCGAGUCGGUCUUUGAUGACGUCCAACAAGAUGACUCCGACGCGUUCUCGCCCGAGCCUAAGCCCAAGUCCAAGCCUGUGAAGAAGGCAACAGCAGCAAAGCCAGCCGCCAAGGCCGCGCCCAAGAAGAUGGUUCAGACAACGCUCAAGUCAAAGGCCGCGCCUAAGAAACGCGCAAAGCCGGAGAGCGACGACGACGGUGACGACGGUGACUUUGGCGGCGACAUGUCAAACACGCCUCCCAAGAAGCAAAAGAUGGCGACUGGCGCAAAGAAGUCUAGCGGCAAGCCUCUGGGCGAAAUCGAGAAUGAUAGUUUCACGCAACUCGAUGGUCCUUCGGGGUCUCGACCCGUCAAGACCGCCACCGAGACAUACCAGAAGCUGACCCAGCUCGAGCACAUCAUUAAGCGGCCUGAUACCUACAUUGGCUCUGUGGAACGCACCGACAGUAGAAUGUGGGUCUACAACAAAGAGAAGUGCUUGAUGGAGUACAAGACGAUCUCUUUCGUGCCUGGUUUCUACAAGAUUUUUGACGAGAUUCUGGUCAAUGCCGCCGACAACAAGCAGCGGGACAAGGGCAUGAGCUACAUCAAAGUCCACAUCGACCGCGAGAAGGGCGAGAUCUCCGUCGAGAACGAUGGUAAGGGUAUCCCGAUUGUGAUGCACGAGAAGGAGGGCGUCUACAUCCCCGAGAUGGUCUUCGGUCAUCUACUGGCGGGUUCCAAUUUCGAUGAUACCGAGAAGAAGACCGUCGGUGGUCGUAACGGUUACGGUGCCAAGCUUUGCAACGUCUUCAGUACAGAGUUCACCCUUGAGUGUCAGGACUCAACGAAUGGCAAGAGAUACAAGACUACUUGGAGGGACAACAUGGGAAAGAUGGACAAGGCCAAAAUCACCUCCAACAAGAGCAAGGACUUCGUCAAGGUCACUUUCAAGCCCGACUUUAAGAGGUUUGGCAUGCCAGACGGCAUUGACGAACAUACCGAGUCCCUGAUGUACCGGCGUGUCUACGACUUGGCUGGUACCGUCGAGGCAGUCAAGGUGCACCUCAACGGAGAACAGCUCAAGCUCGGGUGGAAGAAGUAUUGCGAGAUGUACGCCAAGGCUAUCGCAACAGAACGCAACGAUCUUGAUGCGGACGGGAACGGACCCCCACCUGCCACCGUCAUUUUCGAAGAUACCAAGGCUCACCAACGGUGGCAGGUUGGAUUUACCGUCUCAGAUGGGUCUUUCCAGCAGGUGUCCUUCGUGAACUCGAUUGCAACAACAUCUGGCGGCACGCACGUCAACUACGUCGCCGACCAGAUCUGCAAUGCCCUGUUGAAAGACCUCAAUAAGAAGAUGAAGGGGCACUCGCUCAAGGCGAACCAUGUCCGAAAUCACAUCUUCAUCUUCGUCAACUGUCUGAUUGACAACCCUGCCUUUACAUCGCAAACCAAAGAGCAGAUGACCACCAAGCCGAGUGCCUUUGGUAGCAAAUGCCAACUCACAGAUGGCUUCAUCAAGAAGAUCAGGGCAACAGAGGCUAUUGAGAACAUCCUUCACUUUGCCGAGAAGAAGGCUGACAAGAUGAUGUCCAAAUCUGAUGGAAACAAGCGGUCCCGCAUAAGCAACGAGAAGCUCGUCGAUGCGAACAUGGCGGGCACCAGGAACGGCCACGAGUGUACUUUGAUCCUGACAGAGGGUGACUCGGCCCGAGCUUUGGCUGUGGCAGGCCGCGCCAUUCUGGAUCCUGACCGCAUUGGUGUCUUCCCGUUGAGGGGUAAGAUGCUGAACGUUCGUGAUGCUUCGAUAGACCAGAUCUUGAAGAAUGCAGAGAUCAACAACAUCAAACAGUUCCUUGGACUGAAGCACAAGACGACAUAUACCGACACCAAGAGCCUUCGGUAUGGCCAUUUGAUGAUCAUGGCCGAUCAAGAUCACGACGGUAGUCAUAUCAAGGGCUUGCUCAUCAACUUCCUCGAAUGCCAGUUCCCUUCGUUGCUCAAGAUCCCGGACUUUUUUAGAGAGUUCAUCACCCCAGUGGUGAAGGUCUGGCAAGGCCCCAACCCCAAGAAGCCUCUCCAUCUGAAGUCGUUCUUUACCAUGCCCGAAUAUGAGGAGUGGAAAGAGAGACACCACCAGGAGAUCAAGAAAUGGCACUACAAGUACUUCAAGGGUCUGGGAACCAGUUCCAACGAAGAUGCCCAGGUCUACUUUACCAACCUGGAUGAUCACUUGAAGGAAUUCCAGACCAUGAAGACCGAGGAGGCUGAGCUUUUCGAGCUUGCCUUCUCCAAGAAGAAGGCCGAUGCGAGAAAGCAAUGGCUUGGCAACUUCAUCCCGGGAACUUUCCUGGACCACUCGUCCAAAUCAAUCACGUACACGGAUUUCGUCAACAGGGAGCUCAUUCUCUUCAGCAUGGCUGAUAACCUUCGGUCCAUUCCGUCCAUUGUGGACGGAUUGAAACCUGGUCAGCGAAAGGUCAUCUACGCCUGCUUCAAGCGCAACUUGACGAAGGACAAGAAGGUCGUUGAAUUGGCCGGAUACGUCUCCGAACAGACUGCCUACCACCACGGUGAAGUUUCAUUGCAGCAGACAAUCAUUGGUUUGGCCCAGAACUUUGUUGGUUCGAACAACAUAAACAUCCUGGAGCCCAGUGGUAACUUCGGUUCUCGUCUUGCCGGUGGUAGCGAUUCGGCCAGCGCUCGUUACAUCUUUACACGUCUGUCUCCUUUUGCCAGGCGCGUGUUCUCUGCACUAGACGAGCCGAACCUCGAGCUGCAAUAUGACGAUGGAAAGCAAAUUGAACCGAAGGUCUACGCUCCUAUCAUUCCCAUGGUCCUUUGCAACGGCGCUGACGGCAUCGGUACGGGUUGGAGCACUUCCAUCCCCAAUUACAACCCGAGGGACAUUGUGAAGAACCUCAAGAGGCGUAUGGGCCGUGACGGUGGUUCAAAUGAGGAGCAACCCUUCGAGACCAUGACGCCCUGGUUCCGUGGGUGGAAGGGAGUGGUUGAGGAAGAAGAGGCCGGUUCGAAGCGGUACAAGUUCAAUGGUAUUGCGAGUAUCGACGAUAGCCAGGCCAAGUCCGUCGUCACCAUCACCGAGCUGCCCAUCCGUAUGUGGACCGAUGAUUUCAAGGCCAAGCUCGAGCAGAUCAUAAAGGGAGAAAAGGCUCCUUCCUGGAUCAAGGAUUACAAGGAGUACAACGACCAUGCAAAUGUGCAUUUUGAAAUCGAAAUGGAUGAGACGCAGAUCAAGAAGACUCGGGAGGAGGGCGUCCUUGAACGGUUCAAGCUGAACAAGAGUAUCGGAACUACCAACCUUGUUGCUUUCGAUGUUCGGGGACAGAUCCGGAAAUAUGAGAAGGUCGAGGACAUCCUGGAGGAGUUCUACCACUACCGCCUUGAAAUGUACAAGAAGCGAAAGGCGUACUGGCUCAAGGUCUUCCACGCCGACUAUCGCAAGUUGAAGAACAUGGCCCGAUUCGUCGAGGAGAUCAUUGAGGGGAAGCUGGUCGUCUCCAGGAAGAAGAAGGCCGUGUUGGUGGAAGAGCUUCGUGACCGCAAGUACGAGGCGUUCCCCCGUGGUGAGAGCGUGAAGAAAGCACGAAACACGGAUGAGGAGAUGGACCAGGAUGAUGAUGAGGAUAACGAUGACCUCACAUCCAACGAACCUGGUGCAGGGGACUACGACUAUCUCCUUUCUAUGCCCAUCUACUCCUUGACCGCUGAGCGCCUGGAGCGGCUGAAGAAGCAAAUCGCUGCGAAGAAGAAGGAGCACGACGACUUGGAGCAACUCGAUGAGAAGGACCUCUGGUCCAGGGAUCUCGACGAGUUCCUCGAGGAGUGGGAGCACCAGCAGGUUCUAGAUGCGGAGAUCGCGAAGAACAUUCGGAACAUGGGUCGCCGCCGCUCUAAGAAGAUUGGGGCUGGAGGCGGCCGCGGUGGUAAGCGGGCCAAACGUGACGAUGACGACUAUGACCCUGGCAAGACGGCCAAGGCAGCAAAGACGAUGAAGAAAGAAAUGACUGUCGUGAAGAGACCCGUCGAGCCGAAGAAGCAGGGCGCCGCCUUUGCCCAGAAGUUCACCGCGACGAAGCCGAGAUUGCAGGCGCAUGGCAACGAUGGAGCGGAGUCUGACUUCUCUGAUGAUGACUUCGCGGCAUUGAGCAAGAGCAAGCCGAAGGCUGCACCUUCAAAGAAGGUUCCGUCACCUGCUGACGAUGCUAAGGAUGAGGACUCGGAGAUCGAGGAGGUUUCUGGGCCGGCUACGAACCGCUCCAAGCGUGCAGCAGCCGCCAAGGCCAAGUCGUACGCCAAUGAUGGUUCAGACUCAGACUUUUCUGAUGAGGACUUCGCUACUUUGAACACGGGCAAGUCUGCGCCGGUGAAGAAACCAUCGCCGGUCGUGUCUUUGGUAGAGGAUGACGAGCCCGAGAUUGAAGAGGCAGCGGAAGAGCCUGAGAUUGAAGAGGUCAGUGCACCAGCAAAUAGCCGCUCCAAGCGUGCUGCCGUGUCAAAACCUUCUCCUGUCGAAUCCGUCGUCGAGGAUGACGAACCUGAGGUUGAGGAGGUUGCCGCGCCCACUAAUAGCCGCUCCAAGCGCGCUGCUGCGUCAAGGGCCAAGAAAACCUGGGUCUUCAGCGACGAUGAUGACGAGUCCGAGGCUGACAAUGGUGACGAUAUGCUUGGGGACGUCGGUGCCAUGGUUCGUGGGAUUGGAGAGCCAGCCGCGGCGUCAAACAACGGCAGGCUUAGUCUGUUUGCCAUGUCACGAUCCGAGCAUGGUAAUGCGGCAAUACCUGCCAAGCUGAAGACAAAGCAAUCGCGCAACUUCGACUUUGACGAGCCUGAUGACACAAACUACGAGCUUCUGGCCAGGUCGUCGCCUCACAAGCCGACGAGGUCUUCUGACAUUGAUGACAUGUCGGAAAAUGAGGCGCUCCCUACUACCACCACAGCCAAAGCCUCAUCGGCAAAGGCGAAAUCAGCCAAGGCGCCUCUGAACGUCGUGUCGGCCCCGGCGAAGAAGAGCCGUGGGCGUCCGGCUGGAACCAAGAACAAAGCCAGGGAAGAGAAGCCUGCGAAAACUGUACAGCUGUCUCCAGCUGCCAAGGCCUAUGCGGCGAAGAACAAGACCACUGCGGCGAGCAAGUCGAAGAAGAAGUCAUUCGACUUCAGCGACGACGACGAGGAUGGUGAUGGGGACGUAGCUAUGAAAGACGACUCCCCGCCGCCACCACCUCGCGCUCGUCCAGGCCGAGCGGCGGCUGCCAAGGCCAAGAAGACGUACGCAAUCGUCUCAGACGAUGAUGAGGACGAGCUGAUGUCCGACGGUGGAGGUGGAAGCGAUGUUUACGACAUGGAUGGUUCUGACUGAGCGUCUUUUGGCGAUGUCCUCUGCAAAGGUGCAAGCAUGAGCCUUGAACGUUUUCCUUCUCCUCGAGCAUGUUGAUGGCGAUUCAGGGAGGUGGUCGGGGUGCCUGGCUUUCGUGACGAGGGUUCGUCGGCUAUCAUCAUUUCCUUUCUUUUGCGUGCUGAGAACUGGUUUUGCUUUUAGUGCGUGUUUUCCUUCUACGCUCUCGGGUCUGGAUAAUGCCUCUGUUGAUAACCUGCACGCAUCUGCUUUUCACCGACCGGCUUAUCGAGGACACACCACGCGACGUCUGUGUCAACCCUUCCCUUGUCACGAUCCUCACGACUGCCUGUAAUCUAUGUCUUCGAUAGAGACUUGAGAAAUACAAGGACUCAGAAAAGAGAAUCCGCC